CUUCAAUAGCUCGCUUAUCCGUACCUGCUGCUUUCCGAGGACUAUUUAAAUAAACCUGGGACGAAGUAAGACCCAGUCUCUGUCUGGAUUUGCACGAGAGUCGAGAUCUCAGGGUUAUCGUCUGGAUUUUUAGGAUAAGUAUAGAUUGCAAGCAUUCUGCAAAAGCAUUUUAAGGCCGGAUGAGCUCCGAGAGCGGGUGUUAAUUGGACCAAAAUUCAAGAUCGCUUUCUAGAGUUCGGCUCCACAAGAUUUUCCGGUCCUUUUUGGUGCUUGAGGUUUAGGCAACGUCCAUACACAAGUCAAAAGAUAAACCUCCUAUAUUGAUGAGGAGAGCAUGGCCUGUCGUGAUCGCGUAACCAUGAUCGCCUACGUGUUGUUGCUGGUGGUCGCCUUCUCGACCGUCGACGCUAUGGACUUUUUCUCCAACUUCGAUGGCAUGUUUGACGACCCCUUUAUGCUCAUGUUUCAGAAUCGGUCGACCUGUGGGCGUCGUACCGUUGCUUCGACGAUGACGGGCCCGACCACGCAAGCGGGCGAUGGUACGGAGCACGAGGUGGUAGCCGGCGAGUACCCGUGGCAGGUCGCCCUGUAUAACGGCGAGAUGAAGCUAUGCAGCGCCGUACUCAUCCACGAGCAAUGGUUGCUGACUGCCGCAAGUUGUAUCCCGUACUUAAAGGAACCAUACACGGUGAUCGCAGGCGCUAUCUCACUGCUCCAUUCCGACGAUGAUACCGGCAAUGAUGACGGUAGUCAACACACGCAGAGGAGAAUGACGUCAGAAAUCUACAUACAUCCUGGAUACGAUGCCCGACGAAUGGAGUCGGACAUCGCACUCGUCAAGGUCAUGAUUCCUUUCGAGCUCAAUGAUAACGUCAACGUCAUAUGUCUGCCGAAUCCCAAAAUGCAUCGCGACUUCCGCCCAGGGUCCAAAACCGGAAUAGCGGGGUGGGGUCACUUACCCCCUGUUACUGAGCGACCAGGGAUGUGCCCCAAACCCACGGGUGACAUCCUGAACGAGUGCGACGUCGAAAUGUGCGAGACAGACGCCGAGUGCUCAGAAGGAGAGAAAUGUUGCCGCAAUGGCUGUGACGUCAUGACUUGUAUGGAGGCUUCACCUCCUGGACCGGGGCCACGCCCUGGUGCUCUCAUGGGUGGGGUUAUCCCCCUCAUCAACCACACCAUGUGUAACCAAACAAUGAUGGGAGCGAUCCCAAAGGGGGUCAUUUGCGCCGGGCCUACCCCUAUGAAGCAUGAGGGUGGGGGUAAGGAGAUGAUGGAAGAAGGGGGCAUCGUGGCUCUUUUGAAAUGGAAGAGAGAGAUGAGAGAGAUGGAACAAAGAAACGGCGACGACACCGACGAUGAUGACCGGAAUGUUCUGUUCCGUGGCGUCGAUUUGGUGCAGACGAUGUCUCUCAUCGUGAAGCGCAUCGAAGGGUCCGAUGGCAGUGCCGACGCCUACGGAAGACGACAGAGCGGGGUGUGGUCGAUCGGUAUGACGGGCGAAGUGAUGCGAUCACGAACUGUAAGCGACGGCGAUGACGAUGGUGAUGAUGGGAUGGAGGAUGGAUGGAUGAAGGAAGGAAUGGAAGGCGAGGUCGACGAUGUCGAAGGAGCAUGGAUGGGUGACGGAAUGGAAGGCGGGAUGGAGGAUAAGAUGAAAGAAGACGUAAGAGCCACGAAAGAGAAGAUGAUGAUGACGAUGAUGAAAAAGAAUUGCAGGGGGGACUUGGGCAGUCCGCUGGUAGCCGAGUUAGAGGGGCGGUCGUACCUUUUAGGGGUGACCACCCUCCCCCGUGGGUGUCUCUUCGGGGCCUCCCCGGGUCUCUUUACCCAUGUCUUCAACCUGCAUGAGUGGAUCCGACCGAUCUUCAACAGAAAAGAACCAAAACGAAAGCGAACGAUGUGUACGGCUGGAGAGUUCUCCUGCGGCGAUGGUUGGUGUAUACCUGAAGAGUACAGAUGUGAUGGGAAGAAAGAUUGUAAGCUGGGUACAGACGAAGGACAAUUCUGCAAGGGAGCUAUGAAGGGGUUCAACAUCUAUCUCGAUCAACACCUCAACCGGUCGACGGUCGCCCGGCCCUUCCCCGUGACGUCUUUCUCCCAGUGUGCUCAGGCUUGCCUGAUGGAACCGUACUUAUGCCCGGGGUUCGAUGUCAUCCUCCUGCCUACAGAGGCGGACUCGCCACCCAUCGUUUCUAAACCCUCAACCGACGACGGCGGCGACUAUGACGACGACGAUGGUGAUGACGAUGUUGACGAUGGGACGAAAGAUGUACCCUACGAUGUGGAGGAUGAACGUGGAGAUAAGAUGCCAAUGAUGAUGGACGGGAUGACGAUCAUGUGCUUGCUUGCGAAUUCAACGUCGAGCGUCGUCGGAAACAAAGGCAAAGACAUAUCGAUUAGCCGUCUGAACAAGGCCAUGAUGGGGAAGAUGCCAUUGGCAAAGCCAGUUUAUUUGCACUUCAAGCUUCCAAGACAUGCUCCUUUAGCAGCUCUCUUUUCUCCUAUCAUGAAUCUGUAUCUUCCAACUGGGCUCAUCGUUUCGCCAUCCUACAUCCUUGGUCACGACCUCGCCGCUCUCCUAGAAGACAAGUCGAUGGCACUCCGCUUCAUCAAGAAACUCCUAAUGGAGGACCUCGUCCAAACGAGCUGCAUCUUCUGCUUCAUGAGUCAUCCACGCUGGGGUGCCGUCCGAGAGAUGGAGGAGAGGGUGAAGAUGAUGCGUGAGGAGGCAAAGAAUGUGUUGGGGGUGAUGAUGGACGAAGAGGGGGCAGGUGGAGGGGAUGGAGGGAUGGAAGGAUACGUGAUGAGGGUUAGGGAGAUGAAGAUGCAGAUGAGGCAAAUGGCGAGGAAUUUCACCAGGGUGAUGAACGGCAUGCAGGCGGACUGUGACGUCAUGGAUAUUAAAAGAGGACUGAUGAUGAGAAUCAGAAGGAUGAUGGGGAACGCAUCUUGCGAUAUGAUGGGGGAGGAUGGGGACAUGGUAGACGGGGAGCUUCGGGAGAUGGAGGGCGGGGAAGACAAAGAGAAGCCGGAUAGCGUGAUGGCGGUUGUGAUGGAGAUGAUGGAGGAGCUAGGGGAAGUGAUGCCGGAUCUACUGAUGGAGAACAUGUACCCUGAGCGGGAUGGGAUGAUGACGAUGAUGGAGAUGGGCCUUGGUGUUAAGAUGAUGAUGGGACGGGGGAGCAUGAUGGGGGAUUCCUGGGGCAUGCUGGGAAAUGGUGACGUCAUGUCGUCUUUCCUGACGGAGAAGGUCGAGACGAUGAUGGGGAUGGACCCAGAGGACCUCGCCCAAAAUGUUAAUACCAGUAAGCUGGUGACGAUGAUGACGAGGGAGGUCGUGAUGAUUGGUCACGCCCUAGCAACAGAGAGAUGCAACCAAGGAAACAUGACAUCGGGCGACGCCCAAGAGGGAUGGACGCCUGCUAUGGAUGCUGACAUGGACGCGGAUGACAUGCCCGAAGCAAACACGUUUGAUACGAUGAGGAUGAAGGAACUUGGAAUGAGAGCCAAGGUUGGGCAUCAGAAGUGGUCCAUCGCUCUGUCUCCUCGCCAAGUCAACACCGUAAACUUCAGGGUCCUUGACGUGAGGGGACCUAUGCGCGGGGGCGGAAAUAUCGGCAAGGGCUUCGGGAUGGUUGUUGCGAGAGGACUCGGAGGCGUUCCCAUGGCAACGGAUAUGAUCGUGAGUCACGUGAUCAGAAAGAUGGCGAUUACGGAUCAGAAGAUGAUGGAUAGGGACUGGGGAAGUCGCGAAGACAUGGAUGGAAUGUCAGACGGGAUGGGUUCCCCAAUGACCGAGGAAGAGAGGGGUGCAAUGGACUGGGACCGGUCAACCGAGGAUGCUGACACGGCUGCGAUGGGUGGAGUUCUUCCAGGAAACAUCGACGAGGAUAUCUUCUGGAAGGUCGUCGAAUCGCUCACCGAAAUGACCAUCACAUCAGAAAUGGACCGCGGUUCUGAUCUCACUCACCUCAUCGAAGCCAUCUGGAACGGCGACAUCGGUAAGGAGGCGUUCAUCCACGGAGUCGGACCAUCCGUCUUCCAUCGCCUUUACGCUCGUGUGAUGAUGCAGCAAAAGAUGCUCGAUGCACCGGGUCGGGCUUAUCGAUUGGGCGAUCUCCAUCGGGGGAAAUCAUUCGACGUCUACGGAUCCCUGGUCGAUGUCGAGCAGUAUACGACCAACGAGAGCGACCACGGUAUUCUCAUGGAAUACAAAGCAGGAUGGUCGUGUAACCAGAAGAACAACAAGAACAUGAGGGUUCUGACUUCACCGAACUUUCCCAGGGCGUAUCCUAGCAACGCGCGAUGCAACUCCUUCAUCUCGGCACCACCCGGUCACGUGGUUGUUCUCUUUGUGAUGCGGUUCAAACUCCAAUGGAGUCCCUACUGUCUUCAGGAUAGUCUAACGGUAUAUGACGAGACGACCCCGCAGAACUGGGUCAAGCUGGGUCAAGGGCCAUUCUGCGGGACCACGGUGCCACACAUCUUUCGGUCUUCGGGUCAGAAUCUUCUGGUGAAGUUCGUGUCUGACGUCUACCAUGUUGGAAGCACAGACAAAGGAUUCAAAAUCAUAUACGCCUUCCAACCAGUCGCUAGAGCAAUGGCCGACCAGGAGGCGGGUCCCUCGUCGUCCAGUUCGGAGCCUGAGAUGACGCGGACCGACGCCCAGACCAACAUGAAGGUAAUGAGGGACAAACUGAUGUGUAUGCAGAUUUCCCUGGGCGUGAUCAGCGGUGUCCUCUUCCUCGUCGUCGUCGUCGGUCUCGUCUGGAUCCACUCCCACUCCAAGACCAGGCGAGAGAAGGCCAAGGAAGUCUAUGACACAAAAUUUUAGAUGCUUUAUUUGCAAAAUUACGCUGUUCACCCAUAGCUGUUCAGAGUUUUCUUAUUUUCUAAACUAAUCAGUGCUCCACUUCCUCAAAUUGGCAUUUUUUUUUUCUUAUUUUCCACUCCAUCAAAGGAAAAUGUGUUUA